CUGCUAUGUUUAAUUCAGCCAUUCAUUUUCAAGUUUCUUAUUCGUUUCCUUGCUUUAUUACUUCAACACUAUAACCUUUCUAUUAUUUUUUUCUUUUGUAAUUGUAAUCUAGGGUUUCAAUUUGGUCAAUUCAAUUCAAUUCAGUUUCAUACUCCGCCCGGAUCCGAUCCAUCACAACUCGGAGCUGUUCCGGGUAAACUAUCGGUUUAGUUUCUCAGAAUUAGAUAAAAAUGUUCUAUGGAUCAAUAGUAUGGGAUCCAUGGCUAAUAGUAGCACAAAUUCUCUGUCUUCAAUGCCUAUAUUACAUCACUCUCGGCUUAUUCUUGUCAAUUCUGGUGGGCACGCGCGUCUCUCGUAUGAGCCUUUUUUAUCUCUUUGAUUUUGCUGCUGUUACUGCUUCUACCAUCACUGGUUGCUGCGUCAUUGCCUCCUUUCUUCUCACCUCCGUCGCCGGAGCUGGAUAUAUGCUUUACUUGAUUGAGAGGGCAAAGAAGUGCUUAGAUUUUUCUGCAACCAUAUACAUUUUUCAUCUCUUUUUAUGCAUUAUCUAUGGAGGUUGGCCUUCCUCAAUAACAUGGUGGGUUGUUAGUGUUACCGGACUUGCAGUCAUGGCUUUGCUUGGUGAAUAUCUGUGUAUUAGACGUGAACUUAGAGAUAUUCCAAUCACACGUUACCGAUCAAAUGUUUGAUUAACAAGGAAAACUUAACACUAGGAAGAGGCUUUUGUAAUAUGAUCAUAUUUACCAGUCAUGCAAUGGUUACAAGAAGCUCUUCGAUGAAGCUGUUGAUAUAUGACAUCCAAAUUGUAACAGGAAAAUAGUUUUUCUCUACAGAUUCUUUCCUAUACUGGAGUUAGUGAUAGAGAAUGGACAGAGAACAUGAAGAAGGUGCAUAAAAGAUGGGGACGUGGAGAAAUCGUGACUAGGUAUGAAUUAUGUUGGCAAACUCUUAGUGUACAAUGAUAGGGGGUUCUUAGGAAGAUGAUGACUGUUGUUCUUCCGGUAUUAUUUUCUGGUUCAGUGCCUAUAAUUCAAUGACCUUUCGAGGAUCUUUCAUGUCUGCCCAUGAACUGAGAAAAUUUAGUUUCUGGAUUUAGACUUCUAGGUCCAGUAAACUGACAUUCAUAUUUUGUCAAUAUUUACAGUAUGAUUUUUUAA